AUGAGUUAUAGUGCGCAGGAGUUGUGGGAGUUACAUGAAGAAUACGUUACAUGUGCCCAUAAUUGUGUGUCUAAAGUACAAAACCGCGAUCAAUUACGUCAGUACUAUCAGUUGAUCGGUGCCGGUGUUACAUGUCUGGUGACUAUAAAGGAGAAAUACUCGCUGUCGAUGGAACAUGAUGCCCAGGUUACUCUGGCGCUGGUAAGCUUACUGGUGGAUGAGACAGCUGAUUAUGACGCGGCUGAGAUGUAUAUCUCAAGUUUACAAGAGAGGUUGAAGAACGACAAGUAUUCGGAUGAUCUGGAGGUGUAUAGGUUGGUAUGCCAUUUCAUGAACUUUUACACUAUUCCAUUAAAGAGGAAGUCGCAGUUUCACAUGAAUAUUGCCCUCAAAAAUUGCAACGAACUAGUAACAUACAUGGAGAACGCAUUAGAGUCCGGAUCUAUGCAACCAUACUCCGAGUGGCUAGUCGUAUUUAAAUUUGUAGUUCUGACCUUGAGUAUACUCACCAAUAAGCAUGGGAGAUUACAUGAAAGGUAUAAAGAAUUGAUAGAAUAUGAAAACGUCCCCAAGAUUUGGAAAUAUAUUCUGGUAUUACAUUAUGUUGAUUAUAGACUAAAGCAAAGGAAACCUAUAGAGCAAGAUAUUCUCUCAAGUCUCAGUGAGAUCACCGUCGAAACUGCUGGCGCAAAGCUAUAUGCUUGGAGGUUAAUCUCUGAGCUUCUCAUGGAUAUCUAUAAUGAUAGAAAUAUAACAGAACAACUAAACAGGUUCAAAUUAUUUUUCAAAGAAUGCAAAGACAAAUUGGAUGGCAGCCUUGAAGUAAACGUUGAUAGCAAAGCAAAACUGCAGUUAAAACUUGAACCCAUUUUCCACUAUAAGGAUUUAAAAAACAUUUUACUACUAUUACAAAGUGUCAGCUAUCUGCUUAAUGGAUAUGAUAAAAAAGCAAACUUCUCUAUUAAAUUUUUACCAAAAGUUCAAACGACAACACAAUUACUAUUAGAGGGUAUAAGGAAUGAUAGUGCUAAUUCAAUAUUGACAGUUGACAAUAAAGUAUCCUGGUAUACCACAAUUCUGAAAUAUGUCUCAUUUUAUAAAUUAUGGGAUUAUGUUCUAUUAAAAGGGAUCACUCAUGAAUAUAAAAGAAACUGCCUUGAAAUACCCCAAAAAGAUCAUCAAUUAUUUUUGGAGUUGAUUGGAAGGCAAUCAAAAUUAACAAGCACAGGGGGUUCUGAAGAAUUACAGCAGUUGACAGAACAGUAUACCGAUUUAGCGGGAGACAGUAGUGUUCACUAUGAAGUUAAACUGUCAAGCUUGUUGAAUUGCUAUAUCAUCUUAUCAAGCCUUGUUAGUGAGGAUAUCGAUAAGGCUAAAAACAUUUCAAGAUGUAAUGAUGUUUGGAUGUCUAUUCAAAGUAUAUUUGACAAUUGCGAUCUGCGUGAUAAUAGUUUAUGGAAUGUCACCAUACUUAUGGUGUGGAUUAUAAGCCAUUUUGAGCCAUUUACUGCAAACCCACUACCAAGUACUGAUGAGGAAAAGUCAUCUAAAUUGGAAGCUUUUAAAGGCUACUACCAGAAUAAUAAAUACAAUGUUAUUGAUAAAAAGGAUGCCGGGAUGCAUAACAAUCUUAAAGUUAAACGGGGACUUCUAUUACAUGUGCUGCUAAACUAUAUUGGAGCUCGAUUAUUUGAGCAGGAUUUAGAGGAAAUGACAAAAAUCUCUGAGCGGUGUUUCCGCAUGGCUAAUAUAAGCAUAGAAGAUGCCUCAUAUUCGAAAAAGUCUUCCAAGCAGCCCAGAGUUGGGAGUCUCAAUACGACAGAUAUCGAAGAAAGUGAACUUGAUCACCCAACCAAUAUGAAUGUGGAAGGUAAUCAAGGUAUAUGGGCUAUACGAUAUAUUAUGGGUUUAUGGUCAUUAAUGAACUAUACUGUAGGCAUGCGACAAAAAGAAGUGAUAUAUACUAGAAAUAAACUCAGCCGUAUUAUAGCUUCUUACCACCAGGCACAAGCAUAG